AUGGCGACGGCAGGGGGCAGCGGGGCUCCAGCGGCGGGGCAGCUGCAGGAGCCAUUCCUAAACCGGUGCACAGCCACGGGAGGCGAGAGAGGCACGGCGCAGGCGGCGGCCCCUGAACCGCCAAACCAAGGGCAGUUGUAUGACCGCCAGAUGUUCUCCUGGGCUGGUGGUCUGGGCUGUGGCCUAGGCCAUACCCUAGGGGCCGUGGACAGCAGCCACACCUCUUUGACCAGGGACAUCUCUGAUAUUCACAGACAUGUGCUGGGGAAAGGGACUUUCCCUGGGGACACCAUGGAUCUGGCUGAUGUCAUCUCAUCCCAGACACAGAUCAACAGACGCCUCCCUGAGACAGACACACUGGAGGCUGAAGUGACUCACUGGAAGAUGUUGUGCCCGUGUUCCACCCAGGGACCAAAUACCGUCGACCCAGAAACAGUGUGGACACUGAAGAGCCACAUCAGGGACCUACAGCAGAAGCAGAUACGGGACAUGGACAAACAUCAGCUGGAAGUGGCCGUGUUGCAAAACACCCACCGGCAGAAGCUAGCAGACCUCACUGACCGGCACCGCAAACAACUAAUGGACUAUCGACGACAGGUGGAAGACCUGCAAAACCAAGGUGCUGCCGGGAACGUGAACCGUGACCUUCUUGAGGAGAGGGAAAGGGAUCUCAGAAGGCUGAAGCAGCAACUUACACAAAUGCAGCGGCUGAACGACAGUCUGAACAACCUUGCUUCGGAUCUCCGAGCAGAAAAGGAGAAGUUGGUUCGUGAGCUCCGACAGGCAACACAUCAGCUGGAGGAAUCCGUUCUGCGCAACAACGAGGAUUCCCUAAAGAACAACGUUGCCGUGAGGGCUUUAAAGGUAGAGAAAGGACGGUUAGUGGCAAAACUGUGUCGGGCCGAAAAGAAGCUUUGCCAACAGAAGACCGAACAAAGCCUCAGAGAACGGGCACCGGCAGAUAAUGGCCAUUUCACUAAGCUCGGUCAGGAGAAAGACCUGGAGAUACUCCACCUCCGGGAGAGGAUCGAGCAGAUGGACGCAGAGCAUCAGGAAACGAAGGAACUGCUGUCCUUUGCUUUGGAGGAGCACAAGCAAUUGGCAGAGUGCCUUAGGGAGCAAGAGGAGUACAUCAAAGAACUCCGAGAAAGGCCAGAGCUUCAGGAGGAACUCGGCCAGUCGACCGAAACCUUCAGAAGCCGUGACAUCCUACCCCCAUCCGGGGAGGACAAAGACACGCGUCUCCCAUCCACGACAGACCAACACCCUCGUGUGGACGAAGACCUGGAGCGCCUCACCCGACAGAGUCGCGCUGUCCCUCUGGUUGACCCGAAAAUCCUCGAGGAGAUUGAAGAACUCGAGUGUGAGGUCCUUCAGCUCAGCAGGUUAAAAGAUGAUCUCGAGGAGGAAAUCCAAGAACAACAGAAGAUCAUUCACAACCAGCAGCAGGGGAAGAGAGCACUGCUUCAGGCCUUACAGGAGCAGAAGGAGAAGGUGGACCGCCUUCAACACCGGCAGGAGGCGACGAACGCUGAACGCGCUCAGCUCCUCGCGGCCAAAGACGAGCUGAUUCGGAAUCUGCAAGUCACGCUAGAAGAGCUGAAAGCCCAGUUGCCCGACGAAAGCCCGCACAUUCCGAGGCAACCCUGGGAGGAUGAGGAAGUGCGAGCAAGCCAGCCUCUCCCCAGAGAGAACGGAGGGGACGAGCGUGAUCCAUCUCAAGCUGAAAUUCAAAGGCUAGUCCAAGGAAUCAAAGAACAGGAACUGGCGAGGCAGCUUCUCACUGAAGAGAACAUCCGACUGACCGCGCAAGUGGAUCGGCUCUCCAAAGAGGAGAUCGGGAAACUCACUCGGAUCAUCCAGCAAAAGGAUGUGGAGAUUCAGGGUCUCUCCAGCAGAAUCUCUGAGGCUUCUCACAGCCAGAACAGGCACGUGCAACAACUUCAGCAGCAGUUGCAAGAGUGUGCUUUGAAAAGCGAACAGAUCUUGGCCAUCCUGAACGAGAAGAUGAGGGAGAAGAGCAAUCUGGAAAGGGACUAUCACGAAAUGACCGAUCGACUUGCUGCCAAGGAAGCAGACCUCCAGAGGGUGCAAGAGGAAAAUCAAAAACUGUCCACGAGAGUGGAAAGCAGCGGCCAGGAGGGGUGUAGCGAAAGGAUUCGGGAUCUGGCCCACGCGGUUCGAGAAAAAGACCUGGAAGUGGAGGCGUUAAGUCAGAUAUGCCAGACUUUAUGGAGGAUCCUGCAAACACCCAGCCCUGGUCAUGAGGUUCGAGGAGGUCGAAUCGAUCAGUUCCAGCAGCUUCUCCAGGAACGGGACACGUUAUCACAGCGAGUGAAGGUCAUGGAGGAGUGGAAAGAGCAGGUGCGGACCACGGUCCAAACUCUGAAGCGCGAGUCACCCCAGCUUCAGAGAGAUCUGCGACAACUGCAGGCGUGGGCUCGCACCAACAGCGAGAACGUUCUGAAACUGCAGACAGCCUCUCUUGACCAGAUCCAAACUUCCCAAGGACGGGACGUAAACUUACAAGAGCUAGAGAAGGAACUGGCCCAACUUCAGCUCCGCAUCGGGGAGCUCUGCAAUGCCGAGGACCUCCUUUUAGGGAACCUCGAUGUGAUUUUCCUCCAGACCUCCAGCGACUCCCUGAAGGCCGGGAAAUCUGACCCAGUGAGGGAGUCCUCUCAGGUGAUCAGAGAGGAGGUCGAAGAGCUCAGAAAAUCAGGGCAAGGAAAAGAGACCAUGAUUCGAACCCUCCGGGAAGAUCAGCAGAGAUGGAUUGCUUCAGGGGCUGCCACGGGGGAAGGAGAAGGCAAACCACGGGAACACGGCGAUUCCGAUUCCCACACGGAACAGAUGCAGGAGAAACCGGCCGUUCUACAAAACUCCCUUCGGGCUCAGGAGCUCCGAAUCCAAGCGGAAAGUGAGGAGCUGCUUUCUUCACAGGAGCAGCUCAGUGGCCAGCUGAGUGAGAACGAGCUGCUGAGGCAGGCAGUCACCAAUCUGAAGGAGAGGAUAGCAGAUCUCGAAGUGGACGUGUGUCGGCUGAAAGAGGAAAACGCAAAGAUCGUGGAACGAUCUAGAGAAAAGGACAUGGAAAACCAGGCGUUGCAAGAGACAAAUCGGCUGCUUUCAGUGACGCAGAGAGAGGCGGCAUCCCAGCAUGCUGCGAUGAGAGAGAAGGCACUGGCCCUGGAGCAACUGUUGCAAGAGAGAGAAGAGGGCGAGACCGGGGAAUUGAACCGGCUCGUCGACGCCGUUCGGUCAAUGCAGGACAAGGCAGCUGUGUGUCAACGGGAGAGAGAGGACGCCGUGUCGGCACUGACACAGAAAGAAACGGAAACCUGCGCCCUCCAGAAGGAGGUUCACCGGUUACGAGAGAGAGAACGGCGCCUCACCCAGGAGCUGGAGAGAGGGCGGCACCUCGCUGCAGAAGCCCAAGAUUCUCGUCGCCGGCAAGCUUUGGCCUCCGAGGACCAAGUGGCUCAGCUAAGAGAGGAAGUGACGGUCUUGCAGGGAAAACUCGCUUUGUCUUCCGCUGCCAUGGAAAAGGCCGGCCACGGAGCCCGUCUGCAGGCAGAGUCGCUGCGGGCGCAGUUGCACGUGGUCACCCAGCAGAAGGAGGAAGCUGUGCUCCGGCUCGCCGCCUCCCAGGAAGAGGGAAGGCGCUGCCAUCAAACACUAGCGAGCCUGAAGCUGGAACUGGCCGAACGGAUGGAAGAGGCAGACGCCCUAGAAGGAAAACUGAAGUCCUUACGGGGACGUUUGCAUCAAACAAAUGCCGACUUGGAGGUGAAGGAGGACCAACUCCAAGAGCUCAAGAAACAGAAUGAGGUCCAGCAGGAAAUGCUGGAGGACACACAGAAGAAACUGAUGACCUUUGUCAGUCAGUCCGAAGGAACGGUGGACAAAACCCUCCUAAGGAGACUCUUCGUGGGAUCGUUCCAGGCAGCUGAUGCGGAACGGCAGGAAGCCUUGAGGUUGAUGGCAAGCACGCUGGGGAUCCGAGAAGACCAGCUGCGGCAGCUGCGCAGCCGAGAGCCCGCGGGUGUGCCCAGCGGGGUGACUGGGGGGCCUGGACCCAGAAGCGCCCCCAGCACCCCCGCGAAACCAAAUCACCGAGCUGUGGCCAAUCGUUCCUUUUCAGAACUUUUUGUCCAGUUUCUAGAAGUGGAAUCUCAUUCGGCUUUUCCAGCGCCCAAACCCUCUGCUCCUGACGUGAAGCCCCCAGACUCGGGAGGAAGGGGAAAACUGCCUAAGAAACAAGGCCCAUCACGACUGAACGCUCCCCUGGCAUCCACACCCGGAAAAAAGGAGGUCAAGCCCCGCACCACAGCUGUGUCUCUUAUUGACCCACCCGGACCGGAAAUGGAUGGAUCGGAGCACCUUCUUCUAAAUGCUGUCACUGAUGCUUUACCCACGUACACGCCGCGUAUACUAUCGCCUGCCCAGAAGGUUGGAAAGGCGGCGGCCAAAGACCUCUCCAAGAAAUAG